CAAUUCAACUCCUAAUUUUUGCUCAUCAGACAGAGUCACUCCUCAUUAUUCCAAAAAGCGAGAAAAUGAAGGGAGGAACUGUGCAGAUCAACUGGCACGGAACGAAACCUGUUCUAACCCUAGACUUCCACCCAAUCUCCGGUCUCCUCGCCACCGGCGGCGCCGAUUUCGACAUCAAGAUAUGGCUAAUCAAUUCAGUAGCAGAUGCCCAGAAGAAAAUCCCAGAAGCUUCUUUUCAAAACAGCCUUUCUUAUCAUAGUUCUGCUGUUAACGCCGUUCGCUUUUCUCCUACUGGAGAACAUCUUGCAUCAGGUGCCGAUGGAGGUGAGUUAAUUAUAUGGAAGUUACACACCACAGAAACUGGUCAAACGUGGAAAGUUCUCAAACUUUUGUCAUUUCAUCGCAAAGAUGUUCUCGACCUGCAGUGGUCUUCUGAUUCUGCGUUUCUGAUCUCUGGAUCAGUUGAUAAUUCUUGCAUUAUAUGGGAUGUUAAUAAAGGUUCUGUCCAUCAGAUAUUAGAUGGCCAUUUGCAUUAUGUGCAAGGUGUGGCUUGGGAUCCAUUGGCCAAGUUUGUUGCUUCUCUUAGUUCAGAUAGGACUUGCCGAGUAUAUGCCCAUAAGUCUCAGACAAAAGGAAAAGGUGUUGAUAAGUUGAAUUUUGUUUGUCAGCAUGUCAUCUCAAAGGCAGAGCAGCAGACACUAGAUGAUACUAAGUCUACCAAAACCCAUCUAUUUCACGAUGAAACGUUGCCUUCUUUCUUUCGAAGAUUAGCCUGGUCACCUGAUGGGUCGUUUUUAGUUGUGCCAGCAGGUUCUUACAAAAUUUCAUCUGCAUCAGACACAGUGAAUGCGACCUAUGUCUUCUCUAGAAAGGAUCUUACAAGGCCUGCUUUAAUGCUUCCUGGUGCCAAUAAACCUGUCGUAGCCGUUCGUUUCUGUCCUUUGGUUUUCAGCCACUUGGGAUCACAUUCAGCUGGGUUCUUCAAGCUUCCUUAUCGCCUAAUUUUUGCAGUGGCAACUAUAAAUUCAUUGUAUAUCUAUGACACAGAAAGUGCUCCACCAAUAGCAAUCUUUGCUGGCCUUCACUAUGCAGCCAUAACUGACAUUGCAUGGUCAUCUGAUGCCCAACAUUUGGCCGUGUCUUCUCAAGAUGGAUACUGUACUUUAGUAGAAUUUGAACUCAAUGAACUCGGAGUGCCCAUCUCCUUGGAAGAACACAAGAAUGACAUAGUUCAGGAUAAUAGAAGCCCUGUUAUUGAGAUAUUAGAUGAAAAAAUGACCGAAACAUGUAAAGCUAAUGGUUCCAUCACACCAGAUAGCAGAAAAACAGAAGUAGAAAAGACUGAAGUAAAAAAGGACUUACCAAGUUCAGUAAAUAUACCCAUCUCAAGUAAACCAUCAAAGAGGCGAAUUACUCCAAUGGCGGUGGACACAAAAUAACUUUGUACUUUGCACAAUCUUAUCAUAUCAAUUUUGGAGUGCUCGAUCGAAGCCAAGAGAUUGAAGCGUGGUGCCGUAGUAAUCCUCUCUUUUGAACAAUGUACAGCAAUCGCAUACAGUGUACAAUGGCCUAACAUUAUAGGCUGCAUCUUACUAUGGUAGUUUGUAACACUUCCAUAGGCAUGCUAAUCUCUAUGGCUUCUACUUUCGCUCAUAAUUCAGUAACUUCAGUUGUUCGACGGAAUUCUAGUUUUGUAAAUUUUAUGUUUAGUUAAAUAAAAACAAUCUAUUAAAUUU